UAAAUAUUGAUUAACAAGCUAAGGACUUAUUAUGGAAAUGAUUUCCCAAAAGCACUUCAAAAGAAUUUUAGGAACAAACAUUCAGGAGAGAGCCAUGGAGACACUACUACUGACUCUGCUUGGACUGCAGACAGUGAUGGGAGCAGGACACUGGUGUGAACACAUGGUGGAGGAGAGAGUGGAGCGUGUCCUGGCUCCACGUCUGCAGCUUGAAGUGAGCUGUUCCGAGGUGUAUCAGUACAACAUCCAGGGCUGGAGGCUCGACGUGGACAGGAUGCGUGUCAAGCACGGGGGUGAUGAUGGCAUCGCACUGUACUACAAACAACAGGGUCCCAAGGCGUCCUGUUUCUUGUACAAACCCCCAGAGAUGGAGAACCAGCUGGUGAACAAGACAGUGAGGGCGUGCUGUGAGGGCUGGGGUGGACCACGCUGCGCUGAGGGUGUGGGCGUGCGUGGCCAGUGUUACUCCACAUGGAGUUGUGAGGAGUUCCCUGGGGUUCAUAACUCCUCUCUCAUGCCCAUGGAGCAGUGCUGCAGCAGCCUGUGGGGGCUGAGCUGGAGGAACGCAUCUGACCAGACCUGCUUGUCUUGCACCUACACUCUUCUUCCUGACUCCCAGUCCUCCCCUCUGGUGCGUGGUGGUCUCCUGGGUAGUGUCAGGGUGCCUCAGAGCUCAGCCACCUGCAUGUCCUGGGGCGGAGCUCACUACCGCACUUUUGACAGGAAGCACUUCCAUUUCCAGGGCAGCUGCACUUACCUGCUGGCGUCAUCUACUGACGGCACCUGGGCAGUCUACAUCAGCACAGUGUGUGACGCGAGAGGAGUAUGCAGUAAGGCUCUGAAGAUGAUGCUGGGUCUGGAUUUGGUUUCAAUUCAUCACAAGAACUUAACGCUGAACAACCUCACCAUUCCAAAUGGAGAACCGCUCUUCCAAAAUGGAGUGAGUGUUCAUUGGCUGGGAGACUUUGUGUUCGUGGAGAGCGGACUGGGGGUGAGGGUGAAGUUUGACCUGACCAACACCGUCUACCUGACAGUGACUGCUGAGCACCUGGCAGCCACCAGGGGGCUCUGUGGAGUCUACAACAACAAUGCUGACGAUGAUUUCACCACAAUGGGUGGAACUGUGUCCCAGUACGCCGCCAGCUUCGGCAACUCCUGGAAAGUUCCUGACCAGCAGAAUGAAGGCUGCAGCGACGCAGCUGAGCUCGGUCACAGCUGUGAUGUAUCAGGAGACCCUGCCCUACGCAGGCAGGCAGAGUCAGCGUGUCACCGACUGCUGGAAAACCCCUUCACACACUGCCACCUCCGGUUGGACCCAGCAGUGCACAUAGACACUUGUCUCUACCUGUACUGUAGCCUACCACCCAAAGAGAGAGAUUCAGCAGUGUGUGACACCCUGGCCAGCUAUGCCCGAGAGUGUGCCCAGCAACAUGUCGUCAUACUGUGGAGGACAGCCACCCUAUGUGGCCGUGUCUGUCCCAGAGGUCAGGUGUUCUCAGACUGCGUGUCCUCCUGUCCCCCCAGCUGUGCGUCUCCCCAGCCCCCUGGUCUUGCUGCAGCCAUGGGCCAGUGCAGGGAGGAGUGUGUGGGGGGCUGUGAGUGUCCGCCAGGCCUCUACCUUCACCAGGGACUCUGUCUGAAAAGAGAUGAUUGUCCUUGUUUUCACCGCAGGCGCACCUAUCAGUCAGGGGACAGGAUACAGCAGAGAUGCAACACAUGUGUGUGCAGAGCAGGCCAGUGGCAGUGUACUGGGGAGAAGUGCGCAGCCCAGUGCAGCCUGAUGGGGGCGCUACAGGUGACAACCUUUGACAAAAAGAGGUAUUCACUACAAGGAGGAGACUGUCCCUUCACUGCUGUGGAGGACUUUGUUGACAGGAAGCUGGUGGUGAGUGUGCGCUGUGGGGAGUGUACAGCAGGAGGAGGAGGAGGUUGUCUAAGGGAGAUGUCAGUCACAGCGCUCCGCACCACAGUCACCAUCACAGACACUGGUACAGUGACACUGAAUGGCCUGAGGGAGCCGUUGCCUGUGGUGACGGGGGACCUGGUUGUGCGUAGGGCCUCGUCUUCAUUUCUCCUCAUCCAGACUUUUGGAGCCCAGCUGCUCUGGCACCUUGACGGACCGUUGGCUCUCAUCACCCUGCAACCCGGCUUCGCAAAUAAGGUGCGCGGCCUUUGUGGAACUCUGACCUGGAACCAGCAUGAUGACUUUACCACCCCAGACGGAGAUGUGGAGAAUAGUGUGUCAUUGUUUGCAAGCAAAUUCACAACAGAGCACUGUACUAUCCCUAAAGGAGCUCCACCCGACCCCUGCACCACGUACACCCAGAGGAGACAGUACGCAGAGACAGUGUGCUCCGUCAUACACAGCCCCGUCUUUCAGGGGUGUCAUGACGUGGUGGAGAGGGAGCCCUAUUUCCGUCUCUGUCUGUCAGAGGUUUGUGGCUGUGCUCCACAGAGGGCCUGUCACUGCACCAUCCUCACUGCCUACGCCCGACACUGCGCUCAGGAGGGUGCUGCCGUCCACUGGCGCAAUCACACCUUCUGCCCGGUCCAGUGUUCAGGGGGUCAGGUGUACCAGGAAUGUGGUCGUGCCUGUGGCAGCUCCUGUUCAGACAGUAGCAGCUGCGAUGACGGUGGUGAUGUAAUGGGCCUUAGGAUGUGUGUUCCAGGUUGCCAGUGCCCUCCAGGACUAGUGCAGGACCACCAGGGCCAGUGUGUGCCUGUCACUAUGUGCCCCUGUGUGCAAGGAGACAAGACGUACAAGCCCGGGACCGUUAUUCAGAACAACUGUAAUACCUGUGUGUGUGAGCGGGGGCUGUUUAACUGCACUCAGGAACACUGUGAGGAGGUCAACCAGUGUCCAGGCUCUCUGGUCUACUCUCCACGCUCCUGCCUCCUCACCUGCUCCAGCCUGGACCCUCCUGGCCAACAGCAGGGGUCCAGUGUCGCCCAGUCGAGCUGCAGGGAGCCCCUGUCUGGCUGUGUCUGUCCCCAGGGAACUGUGCUACUAGGUGAUCGCUGUGUUCUGCCAGAUGAGUGCCCAUGUCACCACAAUGGUCAACUUUACUACGGCAACGACACCAUCACCAAAGACUGCAACACAUGCGUGUGUAAGGAGCGCCGCUGGCACUGCACCCAGUCCGCCUGUGCCGGUGUGUGCGUGGCCACUGGUGACCCACACUAUGUGACAUUAGACGGCCGCUGCUACUCCUUCCUGGGAGACUGUCAAUACGUGCUGGCGAGGGAGACCAGCGGUUUAUUCAGUGUAACUGCGGAGAAUGUGCCGUGCGGGAGCACCGGGGUCACCUGUACAAAGUCGGUCACCCUCAGCCUGGGAAAUACUGUCAUACAUCUGCUGAGAGGUAAAGCUGUGACAGUAAAUGGGAUGCCAGUUAGUCUACCAAAGUCUUACAGUGGCAGCGGUCUGACUUUGGAAAGAGCCGGCCUGUUUGUCUCCCUUUCAUCUCGACUGGGGGUCACUCUGCUAUGGGACGGAGGUAUGCGUGUGUAUGUGCGUCUGGCGGCCCACUUGCGUGGACGGGUCGGGGGCCUGUGUGGUAACUUUGAUGGGGACACAGAGAAUGACUUUACGACACGGCAGGGCAUUGUGGAGUCUACGGCCGAGCUGUUUGGGAAUUCCUGGAAGGUCAGCCCUUCCUGCCCUGAUGUGGCAGACCAGGACCUCCGAGACCCCUGUGCUCUGAACCCCCACAGGAUGACCUGGGCCAGGAAGAAGUGCGCAGUUCUGACUCAGGAGCUCUUCUCUCGCUGCCACCCUGAGGUGCCCUUCCAGCAGUACUAUGACUGGUGUGUCUUUGAUGCUUGUGGCUGUGACUCAGGUGGGGACUGUGAGUGUCUCUGUACAGCCAUUGCUGCCUAUGCUGAAGAGUGUAACCGCAGAGGGGUCUCCAUCCGCUGGAGGUCCCAGGAGCUCUGUCCCCUGCAGUGUGAGAAUGGGCUGGUGUAUGAUCCCUGUGGUCCAGCUUGCUCUACCUCGUGUCCCAGUGUUCAGCAGAGUCAACACUCCCAGUGUGGCGUUCUCUCCUGUGUGGAGGGCUGCUUCUGCCCUGCCGGCACAGUCCAACACGGGGACAGCUGUGUAGCUCCCAUUCAGUGUCCAUGUGAGUGGGAGGGCUCCAUGUUCCCACCUGGAACUACCAUCACUCAACACUGCCAGAACUGUUCCUGUGAAGAUGGUUUGUGGCAGUGUGAGGGUGUGGCUUGCCCUCCUGCCCCACCUCCCUGUCUGGAAUCAGAGUUCACCUGUGCUGGGGGGCGCUGCAUCCCCUCCCAGUGGGUGUGUGACAAUGAGGAUGACUGUGGCGAUGGUUCGGAUGAGAUCUGCCCAUCCACCUGCUCUCCAGACCAGUUCCGCUGUACCAGCACACCAAGUGGCCCAUGUUUGAACCUGGCUCUGCAAUGUGAUGGCCACCCAGACUGUGCUGACCAAUCAGAUGAGGAGUUCUGUGGACCUGCCACCCCCACGGCUCUGUGCCCAGUGGGGGAGUUUCAGUGUGCCAAUGGAAAGUGUCUUCCAGCCAGCCACGUGUGUGACGGACGGCUGGACUGCGGUUUUGCCGAUGGGUCUGAUGAGCAAGACUGUGGUGUGGUGUGUGAUGAGGGGGAGUUCCUGUGUGCUGGAGGACGUUGCAUUCUCUACCUCCACCGCUGUGACGGACAUGACGACUGUGGGGACCUCAGUGACGAGAGGGGGUGUGUGUGCGCACCAGGGGAGUUUCAGUGCCCUGGGGACCAGUGUGUCCCUGCAGACAGAGUGUGUGAUGGACACAGAGACUGCCCCUCUGGAACAGACGAAGCUGUCUGUCUAAAUAAAGUGACCUGUGCUCCUGACCAGUUUGCCUGUAGUGACGGCACAUGUAUUGUCACCACCAAGUUGUGUGAUGGAGCGACAGACUGUCCAGGUGGAGAGGACGAGAACAGAACCAACUGCUAUGCUUUUAUCACAACACCAUCACCUGUCUCCCCAGGUACGCCCGCUUCAGAUAAUGCCAGUCAUGAUUUGGAGAUAUUUCUUUCAGUGUUCAGUGUUUUUCUGUACACUCUUGUUUCUCCAGCGUGUAGGUCCUACGAGUUCAGCUGUGCCACAGGUGGGCAGUGUGUGCCCCAGGCAUGGCGCUGCGAUGGGGAAACAGACUGUAUGGAUGGUAGUGAUGAGCAGCAUUGUGCCGCCCCCUGUGGCCCCGGUCAGGUUCCCUGCCUCAGUGGGGACCAGUGUGUGGACUACCAGCAGCUCUGUGAUGGGACCCCACACUGCAGGGAUGCCUCAGACGAGAGCAUUGACAACUGUGGUUCCACUCGGAUUCCUCCUUGUCCAGGCAGCUUCCUGUGUGACAACCGCACCUGUGUGAACAUGUCGCAAGUGUGCAACGGCGUUCCAGACUGUCCACGGGGUGAAGAUGAGUUGGUGUGUGAUAAAACUGUGUCACCAGUGCCCCCUGGCAGGGAGAACACCACCUGCCCUGAAUUCACCUGUAUGGAUGGAUCCUGCGUCCCCUUUAACACGGUGUGUAAUGGAGUGGCAGACUGCCCAGACUCCUCAUUAGCACCACUUGGAGGUCCCACUGAUGAGCAGGGCUGUAGAAGCUGGAGCUCCUGGGGUCCGUGGAGCCCCUGCAGCACCUCCUGUGGUACAGGCUCAAUGAGCCGGCAGAGAACCUGCCCUCCAGGAGAUCCACUGCACCAGUGUCGGGGGCAGGACCUCCAGAGGCAGCACUGCUUCAACACCACCUGCCCUGUGGACGGUCAGUGGCUGCCAUGGGUGAGCUGGUCGAACUGUUCCAGCGGUUGUGGUGGAGUGCAGGUCAGACACAGAGGCUGCAUCCCUCCUCGCUACGGAGGGCGAGACUGUUCCCAGCUCCCUGGACCAUCCAACCUACCCAUGGAGAUCAAGCCUUGUCCAGAUGAUGGAUGUGCCAACACCAGCUGUCCCACUGGGCUGGUGAGACACAGCUGUGCUCCCUGCCCAGUGUCCUGUGCCCACAUCAGCAGUGGGACGACCUGUGAUCCAGUAACACCCUGCUCCUCAGGUUGUUGGUGUCCCGAGGGCCAGGUGAUGAGCCAUACGCAACAGUGUGUGUUACCAGAGGAGUGUGUGUGUGAGGUGGCAGGUGUGCGCUACUGGCCGGGCCAGCAGAUGAAGGUGGACUGUGAGAUCUGUAUUUGUGAGAGAGGAAGACCUCAGAGGUGCCAGCCUAACCCAGACUGCUCAGUGCACUGUGGCUGGUCGUCAUGGUCUGAGUGGGGAGAGUGUUUGGGGCCCUGUGGUGUUCAGAGUGUCCAGUGGUCGUUCCGCAGCCCAAACAACCCGACCAAGCAUGGAGACGGGAGAACGUGUAGAGGGAUUUACAGGAAAGCUCGCCGGUGCCAGACAGACCCCUGUGAUGAGUGUGAGUACCAGGGUCAGUCCCAUGCUGUGGGGGACAGAUGGAGGUCAGACCACUGCCAGUUAUGUCACUGUCUGCCCAACCUCACAGUGCAGUGUUCCCCCUACUGUCCGUACGCUGUCAGUGGAUGUCCACAGGGCCAAAGCCUGGUGCCUGGAGAGGGAGACAGGUGCUGCUACUGCCGAGGAGGAAAUGACACCAUACUUGUGACAAUCAGUCCUGUCACUGUGACCUCCAAGCCAGCAGGCGGCACUACACCUGUGGUUCCCACGUAUCCACUUCCUCCUGGAGAUGAGUGUUGGUCUCCUCUGGGUGUUCAGACUCUCCCAGCCUCAAGUUUCAGUGCCUCGUCACAGCAGACUGGUCACCCCCCAGAGGCAGGUCGCCUCCAUUGGUGGGACCCCCACAGUGACCUCCAGGGCUGGAGCCCAGAACCUGAGGAGUAUAAGGAUCUACCACAGCGGAGUCCUGAGGGACGCAGUAGCAACACACAAAGCCCGUACAUACAGAUAGACCUGCUGAAUCGAUACAACAUCACUGGUGUGCUCACCCAGGGUGGUGGUGUGUUCGGCACAUUCGUGUCCAGCUUCUACCUCCAGUUCAGCCAGGAUGGCAGACAGUGGUACACUUACAAGGAGCUUGUUACUGAUGCCCGGCCCAGAGCCAAGGUUUUCUAUGGUAACCAUGAUGAUCGAGGGGUGGCAGAGAGCAGACUGGACAGGAUGGUGUCGGCCCGGUUUGUCCGUCUGCUCCCACACGACUUCCAGAAUGGCAUCUACCUGCGGCUCGAGAUCAUGGGCUGUGGAGAUGUCUCCCCACCAGGUGGCUGCAGAGAGAAGGAGUUCCAGUGUAAAAACGGGCGCUGUGUGCCUGCUGGUCCACUGGGAGUUGUCUGUGAUGGAGUCAAUGACUGUGGGGAUGGAUCAGAUGAAAUGUACUGUGGUACGCAGCCGUCCCCUACAACCAUCAGCUCACGCAGCUGCCCUGCUGGUCAGUUCUCCUGCCCCCCACCAGGGGGCUGCAUCGAGGUAUGGCAGCGCUGUGACGGGAUCCCCCACUGUCCCAAAGGAGAGGAUGAAACUGGCUGCCAUUCCCAUGAAAACAUCACUACCCAGUCCGACAGGCCAUACACACCCACCCCUGCUCCUCUCAGGACUCCAUCCAAGGCAGCUGUCACUCAUCCUGCAGUAACACCUACGGAUGGGGGCCCAGGAUAUCGUGGCAUCUGCUCCUCUCCUCUUGGACUGGAGGAUGGGAGGAUUCGAUACGGUCAGCUGACGUCAUCCUCACAUCGGGAGAACAACCCCGCUGAUGCUGGACGACUAAACAUCGUCCCGAAUGUUCAGGUUAUGGAGCCUGGAUGGAGCCCUGUACCUUCAGAUCCCCAGCCAUAUCUUCAGGUGGACUUCCUGGAGCCCACAUGGGUGUCAGGCGUGGUGACCCAGGGCAGUGAACGCAUGUGGGGUUACCUCACUAAAUACCGCCUCGCCUUCGCCCUGCACAGCAGCCUCUUCACAGACUACACAGAGGAUGGGAAGCCGGGUGGCCCUGCCAAGGUGUUUGAGGUGCGGAUGGUGGGCAGGACUCCUGUGACCCGCUGGCUCAGCCGGCUGGUCAGAGCUCGUUACCUGCGCAUCAUCCCUGUGGAGUUCAGACACACCUUUUACCUGCGUGCUGAAAUCCUCGGCUGCAGAGGAGAUGAGCUGCUAACACCCAGCAGUGUGACCACAUCUCCCUCUGGUGGUGGGAUAGUGACUGUGCAGCGUUGUAAGCCGGGUCAGUUUGCAUGCCAGCACAGUGAGGAGUGUGUCUCUGUGUCUGUGCUCUGUGACGGUCGACCAGACUGUAAGGACCACUCCGACGAGAUCAGCUGUGGAACGGCUCCAACCAGAGGCUCUCCAGGGCUGCACAACCAGACCAGCUCCACUGGGGCUCCAGGUUUCCAUGGUGAAAGUACAACCGGUGCCCCAGGCCUCCAUACCACCAGGUCCCAAGGUGGCCUUCCUGGUGUGGCCAGCCCAGGGGUCACAGGUCAGACUGGACAGACGACAGCCGCAAGUGCAGGGGUCACCACAGGUCAGCCUGGACUGCAUCUCACUACCACUCUUGAUGUUGGAAAACCUGGGUUGCAAACUACGGAAGCCCCAUGGGUCGCUACAACCCCCCAUGAUGGUGGUCUACCCAGAGUGCUUUGCGUGGAGGGCCAGUUUGUGUGCCGGUCUUUUGGCUGUGUCGACUCGGCACAGGUGUGUGACGGCAGAGAGGACUGUUUGGACGGUUCAGAUGAAGAACGCUGCGGCACCACAGCCAGCCCAGUAGUGACACCACAGCGCCCCCUGGUGCCCAGCCCCUGCUCUCCCAAGCAGUUUUCCUGUGCCAGUGGUGAGUGCAUUCACCUGGACCGCAGGUGUGAUCUACAAAAGGACUGUGUGGAUGGAUCAGAUGAGAAGGACUGUGUCGACUGCAUCAUGUCCCCGUGGACAGCGUGGAGUGCGUGCAGCGUGUCCUGUGGUCUCGGCUCCUUAUUCCGGCAGAGGGACAUACUCAGGGAAGCGCUGCCCGGAGGGGCCUGUGGCGGAGCUCAGUUUGAUAGUCGGGCCUGUUUCCCUCGAGCAUGUCCAGUUGAUGGUCACUGGUCACAGUGGACAGAGUGGUCAGAGUGUGACGCUCAGUGUGGAGGUGGUGUCAGGCAGAGGAACAGAACCUGCUCUGCUCCUCCACCCAAGAACGGCGGGCGGGACUGUCAGGGCAUGACCCUGCAGAGCCAGAGCUGCAACAGCCAGCCGUGCACCAAAGACACCGGCACACAGACAGGCUGUGUCAACAGCAUGGUGCUGGUGACUGAGGCAGACUGCCAGGCUGGGAGGGUGGAGCCAUGUCCUCCAACCUGCUCACAUCUCAGCUUGACCAGCAACUGCAGUGGAGCAUGUAUACUGGGGUGCCGCUGUCCCGAUGGUCUUUACCUUCAGGACGGGCGAUGUGUGAAUGCCAGCCAAUGUGUGUGUCUGUGGGACGGUGAGAUGCUGCAGCCAGGACAGACGGUCAGCAGGGACCAGUGCACCACAUGUGUGUGCAAAGAUGGAAAAGUAGCCUGUGACACCUCCCGUUGUGCAGCCACCUGUCACUGGUCAGGCUGGUCGUCAUGGUCACCAUGUGAUGUGACCUGUGGUCUGGGGCUCCAGCAACGCUACAGGUCUCCAGUGAACCCGGCUGGAGCAGUCAGAAUCCAGCCCUGUCCAGGAGACUCCUCAGAGGCCCGCCGCUGCUCCAACCCCUGCCUACCUGUGCUACCAGAUGGAGUCUGGAGUAAAUGGACCGGCUGGUCAGAGUGCAGUAAGACAUGUUUCAACCACGUCGACGAUGUUGGAAUCCGACGACGAUUCCGCAGCUGCAACCACACGCUCGCAGCUUUCAACCAAGCGGACACACACUCCGCCUGCGAGGGAGACAGUGAGGAGCAAGAGCCUUGCAACACUGUGCGCUGUCCAGUGAAUGGCGGCUGGUCAUUGUGGUCAUCGUGGUCGCAGUGUUCAUCAGAGUGUGACUCCGGCGUCCAAACAAGAGAGCGGUUCUGCAACUCCCCCUCACCACAGCAUGGGGGCAGCAGCUGCCCUGGGCCACACAUACAGACACGAGACUGUAACUCCCACCCUUGCUCAGGUGUGUGUCCAGAGGGCAUGGUGUACAUGACAUCAGCAGAGUGUGAAGCUCACGGCGGUGCGUGUCCGCGGGUGUGUUUGGACAUGACCUCCGCAGAGGUGCAGUGUGCCACCGCCUGUUAUGACGGCUGUUACUGUGCCCUGGGCUUCUACCUGCUCAACGGCAGCUGUGUGCCUCUGGCAAAGUGCCCGUGUUACCAUCAGGGGGAAACGUACCCAGCCGCGGCCACCCUGCCUUUUGAUGCCUGCAAUAACUGCACCUGCACUAACGGAGAAAUGGUGUGUGGAACAGCUCCGUGCCCUGUGGACUGUGGCUGGAGCAGCUGGACUCAGUGGAGCGCUUGCAGUCGCACAUGUGACGUUGGUGUGAGAAGGCGUUAUCGCUCGGGAACCAAUCCUCCUGCAGCUUUCGGGGGCCGUCCCUGCAAAGGAGACAGAGUUGGGAUUGACACCUGCAGCAUUGAGCCCUGCUUUGGUACAAAGGAGCCGUGGAGUGCGUGGUCAGGGUGCUCAGUGACAUGUGGAGGAGGUUACAGGACCAGAACUCGCGGGCCCAUCCGGAUCCACGGCACCGCUCAGCAGUUCAGCGCCUGUAACCUGCAGCCCUGUGGAGAUGGCAGGGUGUGUCCUCCAGGCCAGGAGUGGCAGCAGUGUGUGAGGGGAGCAGUGUCAUGCACAGACCUGACCAUGGACCUGAGCAGGAACUGCACACCAGGCUGCCAGUGUCCACACGGGACAGUCCAACAGGAUGGCGUGUGUGUGCGAGAGUCUGAUUGCCGCUGUGAUCUGGACGGAGAACAGUACAAACCUGGAGACAUUGUGCCCACAGACUGCAACAACUGCACAUGUGAAGCAGGGAGGCUGGUGAACUGCUCUCGAGUCAGCUGCAAUGUUGACGGCCAGUGGUCAGCAUGGACUCCCUGGGGUCAGUGUUCAGUGUCAUGCGGAGCGGGUCUCCAGUCUCGCUACAGGUUCUGUUCCAGCCCUCAGCGCUCUGGCAGUGGGCUGCCAUGUCUGGGCCCUCACAGAGAGGACCAAGUCUGCAUCGCUGCUCCAUGUGACCGUGACGGUGGCUGGGGUGAGUGGAGUAACUGGACCAAGUGUACCAAGUCAUGUGGUGGCGGGGUUCGGAGCCGGAAGAGAGAGUGCGACAGCCCGAGUCCAGAGGGGGAGGGGAACUACUGCGAGGGUCUGGGAACUGAGGUCCUCACCUGUAACACUGACCACUGUCCAGUGGCGCCAUGCUCGCAGGUCCCGGGCACAGCGUUCAGCAGCUGUGGCCCCUCCUGCCCUCGCUCCUGUGAUGACCUGGCUCACUGUGAGUGGCAGUGUGAGCCAGGCUGCUACUGCACAGAGGGAAAGGUCCUAUCUGAUAACGGGACAGUCUGUGUCGAGAGAGAAGACUGUCCCUGCCUGGACCUCAACACUGGACACAGGCUGGAACCAGGGGAGACCACUGAAGCCCCUGAUGGAUGUAACAACUGCACUUGUGAGGGCGGGAGGCUCAACUGCACCAGAGACGCCUGUCCAGUGUCAGGCGGCUGGUGUGAGUGGUCAGAGUGGACGCCGUGCUCCAGGACGUGUGGGGCAGAGUCGGUGUCCCGCUACAGGAGCUGCGGCUGUCCUGAGCCCAAAGCUGGAGGAGCGGCCUGCUCUGGAGAACAGGAAAUACACAAUGGGGUCGGAGUUCAGAUCCAGAGACAGCCCUGCCCUGUUAUCACGUUCUGUCCAGUCCAUGGGUCGUGGAGUCCUUGGUCAGCAUGGUCUGAGUGCGAUGGGUGUGCUGGCUCGUCCACCCGCACCAGGGAGUGUAACAGUCCCCCCGCCAGGUUCGGCGGGCUGCCCUGUCUUGGAGAGAGCAGGCAGAGCCGCGGUUGCCACGACAACAUCACUGUCUGCUCAGACUGUGGAGGAGGCCAGGAAGAAUGGCCCUGUGGGAAGCCCUGCCCUCGCUCCUGCUCAGAUCUCCAUGGUGACACAGAGUGCUUGGACUCCCCUGGGUGCAGGCAGACCUGCGGUUGUCCGGGUGACAUGGUCCUGCAGGAUGAAGUGUGUGUGGCCAGGCAGGAGUGUCGCUGCAAAUACCACAACAGCUCUGCUACUGUUGGAACAUCCAGCGGGUUGGAUUCCAGUAAUGCAUCAUGGGUGUGGCCUGGUGGAUCUGACUGGCAGUUUGCAAAUCCAGGAGACAGCAUUAUCAGUGACUGCAAAAACUGUUCAUGCGAGGCUGGGGUGCUGCAGUGUCAAUCAGUCCCUGGCUGCUACGUCGAUGGUGGCUGGAGCCAAUGGGGGGCCUGGACUGAGUGCUCGCUUUCUUGUGGAGGGGGAGUGAAGCUCAGGAGACGCCAGUGUGAUAACCCGUCCCCGCAGAGCAGUGGGAGAGGCUGCCUGGGAGUCGCUGAGCAGAAGAAAGACUGCAACAUGCAUCUGUGUGCAGACUCAGUGGGCCCGUGGCUCCCCUGGUCUAAGUGGUCUCCGUGUUCAGUCAGCUGCGGCGGUGGACAACAAUCCCGCUCUCGUGUCUGCAGCUCUCCACCCUGCAGCGGCCUCAGCCGUCAAAGCAAGACCUGCAACACCCAGGUCUGCCUCGAAGUGGGCUGCCCACCUGGCAGGUUGUACAGGGAGUGUGAACGAGGUGAGGGCUGUCCGUUCAGCUGCGCUCAGGUCAGCGGCAGAGAGGGCUGCUACUCUGAUGGCUGUGAGGAAGGCUGCCACUGCCCCCCGAACACCUACCUACAUAAUGGUGUCUGCAUGCAGGAGUGUCCCUGCCUGGUGGACAAAGAGCUUCUGGCCUCUCUGCAGAGUGUUUCUGUCAUGCCGGUCACAUCUCUGCUGCUCCACAACAUCUCUGAGGGAGUGGAACUCCAGUCUGGAGACACACUGGUCCAUGACUGCACCACCUGCGGCUGUGAACACGGCAGGUGGAACUGCUCCUUGGAGCACUGCCCGGUCGAUGGCGGUCUGUCACCCUGGGGCUCCUGGAGCCCCUGCUCGCUGUCCUGUGGAGGCCUGGGAUUGAAGACUCGCUUGAGGGGCUGCACACAUCCUGCUCCAGCGCAUGGAGGGAGAGACUGCCAGGGGCCACGCCAGGAAACCACUUACUGCCAGGCCCCUGAGUGCCCAGUUAUCAUUGGUCCUACAGAAGAACCACUUUUACCAGACGAGGAUGCUGGCUUCUCUCCCUGGUCGUUAUGGAGCCCCUGCACUAAGACCUGCACUGACGCUCUCAGCCCGGCCAUGAAGUCCCGUCAUCGACAGUGUGUCAGACCUCCGUGCUCUGGAAGCUCUCACCAAGAGAAGGCCUGUAACCUGCCGCAGUGUUCAGAUGGAGGCGAUGUAUGUGUGGGGCCAGACUGUGCACGGAGGAACUGCUCGUGGACAGAGUGGGGGGAAUGGAGCUCCUGUUCGCGGUCCUGCGGAGUGGGUCAGCAGCAGAGGAUCCGAACCUUCCUCAGUCCCCGCACCAACGGCUCGUGGUGUGCAGACAUCUUGGGAGGAAACCUGGAGCAUCGCUUCUGUAACAUCAAGCCCUGCAGAGUGGACGGAGGCUGGUCUCGCUGGAGUCCCUGGUCCCGCUGUGAUAAGCGCUGUGGUGGCGGGCGCUCCAUACGCACUCGCUCCUGCUCCAGUCCUCCGCCCAAGAACGGAGGGAAGAAGUGCCAAGGAGAGAAGAACCAGGUCAAACCCUGCAACACCAAACCCUGCGAUGAGAAAGGCUGCCCGGCGGGCCAGGAGUUCGUGUCGUGUGCCAACCAGUGUCCACAGCGCUGCGCAGACCUCCAGCAGGGCAUAGAGUGCCAGGGCAACACCGAAUGUCAGCCCGGCUGUCGCUGCCCUAAAGGCCAGUUGCAGCAGGACGGAGUGUGUGUGCAGCUGUGGCAGUGUGACUGCGUGGACUCCCUGGGACAGAUUUGGGCGGCCGGCAGCUGGCAUCAGGUGGACUGUAACAACUGCAGCUGCUCCGAUGGACAGCUCCUCUGCACCAAUCACAGCUGCCAGGCCACCUGCAUUUGGAGCUCCUGGUCCAGUUGGGCGUCGUGCAGCGUUUCCUGUGGGCAGGGCCAGAGAACCAGAUACAGGUCCCUGAUCCCAGAGACCGAAGGCGCAGACUGCCAGUUCGAAGAAGUCCAGCAUAAACCCUGCGACCCAGGACCCUGCCCACCUCUCUGUCUCCAUGACAACCAGGAGCUGAGAGUGGGGGACACCUGGCUGCAGGGGGAGUGUAAACAAUGCACGUGCACCCCAGAGGGAGAUUACUGCCAAGACAUUGACUGCAGAGUGGACGGAGGUUGGACGCCAUGGUCAGUGUGGUCUGACUGCUCAGUGACCUGUGGUCGGGGCACACAAGUUCAAACCCGCGCCUGCAUCAACCCGCCUCCACGUAACAACGGGUCUCACUGCAGCGGGCCGGACAGAGAAACACGGGACUGUCACGCUCCUCCAUGUCUGGAUGACCUUUGCCCCUGGUCACCAUGGUCACCAUGUUCCCGGAGCUGUGGCGCAGGUUCUGUGUCACGGCGCAGGGUGUGUGUGUGUGAGGAGGGAGGAGAUGCAGCGUGUCCCGCUGAGGUUGAGGCUGAGAGGAACAGAGAGGAGACCCAGCUGUGUUACAAGCAGCCCUGUCCAGGCUGUCCCAUGUCGGAGUGGAGUGUUUGGUCUCAGUGCUCCUGUGAGUCUCAGAGGCAGCAGCGCUACCGUGUAGCUCUCUCUCCAGCCACUAGGGGGCAACAGUGCACUCCUGUUGAGACACAGAGUAGGACGUGCAGUCUCAGUCAGUGUGAUGAUUGUGAAGCCCCAUUUGUGUACUCAGCAUGUGGGGCGCCUUGUGAGAAGCAGUGCGCUCUCCAGGGCCGUGGAGAUCUGUGCUUAGGCGUCAGAGAGUGUACACUGGGAUGCUACUGCCCACAGGGUCUGCUGCAGCAGAACGGUAGUUGUGUUCCUCCAGAGGAGUGUGGCUGCGUCCACCUGCAGCACCACACUUCAGGACGGCCACCCACACCUGUGUCUGUCCCUCGGGGAGCCACGGUCACCAUAGGCUGCAGUACCUGCCUUUGCCAUGACGGAAAUUUGCAGUGUGACAUGAGAGAGUGUGAAGUCAUCCUCAGUGAGUGGUCAGAGUGGACUCCCUGUUCCCCCUGUGUGCCCUCCUCCUCCCUGCAGCACAGCGACUCCCAUGCAGGAGUUAUCGGUGGCAGUAAAAUGGUCUCAAUCCAGAGGCGUUUCCGGGCUUGUUUGGACCUGGAUUCUGGUCUUCCAGUCUCAAGGGAGGAAGAGGAGAACCAAUGUCCAGGACCACUGGUAGAGGAGAGGCUCUGCCCGGAUGCUAACGUCUGCAGAGAUCUGUGUCAGUGGAGUGUCUGGAGCGCCUGGACAGCCUGUGCAGAGCCGUGCAGCGGUGGAGUCAGGCAGCGCUUCAGACGGCCCCUGGCCUCUCCUCCAGGACCCCGCUGUAAGAGCCAACAGACACAGAGCCAGAGCUGCAACACAGGACUCUGCCCAGGUGAGCGCUGUGAGGACAGGGGGCGGACCUACCAAGAGAGCUGUGCCAAUCAAUGUCCUCGCAGCUGCACUGAUUUAUGGGAGCAUGUGCAGUGUCUCCAGGGAGCCUGUCAUCCUGGUUGCCGGUGUCCGCAGGGACAGCUGCUGCAGGACGGCCACUGUGUGCCAGUGACAGAGUGUCGCUGUGGUAUCCCAUCUGGCAACGGGACGCUGGAGUUCGUCCCUAAAGAGGAGCUUUCCAUGGACUGUAACACCUGUGUGUGUGAAAAUGGGACUCUGGCGUGCACUCAGCUCCCCUGCCCGGUUUAUGAGCCCUGGAGCCCAUGGAGCUCCUGCUCAGUCUCCUGUGGGCGUGGCCACAUGACAAGGACACGCCUUUGUCAGGACGCAGAGGGAGGCCCUUCCUGUGCGGACAUCAUGCAGACAGAGAGCUGUGAUCUGCCAUCGUGUCCAGUGGGAUGUUUGUUGAGUGAGUGGUCACCCUGGAGUGAGUGCAGCGCCACGUGUGGCGGCGGGGUGUCUUUGCGGAACAAGACGGUCCUGAGGGAGCCUGAGCCUGGUGGGAUGACCUGUGUUGGACCACUUGAACAGCACACUGUCUGUAACACCAACAGCUGCCUGCCUGAGUGUCCCAGCGGGCAGGUGUUUAGUGACUGUUCAGGUUCGUGUCCACAUACCUGUGAGGACCUGUGGCCACACACUCAGUGUUUACCUGGACCCUGCACCCCUGGGUGCACCUGCUCUCCUGGACAGGUGUUGCACGAAGGCUCCUGUGUGUCCCCCGCUGACUGCCCCUGCUUGCCGCUGUCCCUCCCGACUGGUUACCACAGCUGGAAUAUCAGCAGUGAGGAGAUCACAGAGGCUCUGCUGCCACCUGGAAUGGCCAUCCAGCACCUCUGCAACACAUGUGUGUGCCAAGGAGGAGUGUUCAACUGUACCACCGAGCGGUGUGAUGUGGACUGUGAGUGGUCCAGCUGGUCCCAGUGGAGUCUGUGCUCUGCAAGCUGUGGUACAGGGCAACAGAGCUCCACGAGAACCAUCCUGCAGCCCAGCCUGUACGGAGGGGCUCCAUGUGAGGGCCCCGAGCACCGCACAAUGACCUGCAUGGCCCCUGACUGCGCGUGUCCUGAUGGGGAGCAGUGGAGGAGGAGUGCUUCGGAGGAGGUCCCGCUGUGCGAGAGAAGCUGCGAGGACAUUUACUCUUCCUCCCCCGUCAACUGCAGCCGCUCCGCUGAGGGCUGCGUGUGUCAGGAGGGGCUUUACCGCGACACCGGGGGUGUGUGUGUCAUCGCCGCCCUCUGCCCCUGCCAUGACCAGGGCAUCCUGCGAGAGGCAGGAUCAGAGUGGGAGGAGGGCUGCCUGUCAUGUCGCUGUGUGAACGGGGAAAAACUGUGCCAGUUAAGAUGCCCGCCACUCGACUGUGACGAGGGGGAGGUCAAGGUGGAGGAGCCAGGCAGCUGCUGUCCGGUCUGUAGGAAGCAGUUUCCAGGCGAGCCCGUGCCAGAGUGUCGUCGCUACGUGCAGGUCAGGAACAUCACCAAGGGAGACUGCCGGCUUGACAACGUCGAGGUCAGCUUCUGUAGGGGACGCUGUCUGUCCAGGACUGAUGUCAUCCUGGAGGAGCCCUACCUCCAGUCAGUGUGCGAGUGCUGUAGUUACCGUUUGGACCCUGACAACCCGGUCCGUUUCCUCAGCCUGCAGUGUGAGAGAGGCGAGAGCGAGCCGGUCGUCCUGCCCGUCAUACACAGCUGCGAAUGCACCAGCUGCCAAGGAGGUGACCUGUCCAGACGCUGAGCAAGUAUUUUGAGUGUGUCUGUGAGCUGAGUGUGUGAGUGUGUGAGUGUGUGUGUGUGAAUGAGAGUAUGCACUAGAGAGAGCAAGAGCAGCUGAGAGCCAGCUGGGUAAUGGAUGGAGAAUUUUGGGAAGGACGGAUCCACGGAUGGAUGGAGGAGUGGAAAAAUCCAGAAGUCCUGGGACCCUGUCGAUGUACACAUUGUUCUGUAGUCCUUAGUCAUCAUAUGACUGGAUGCUACUGCUGAUUGUAGAGUUCCUGUUCUGAGACUUUAAGGUUUAUUCUUCAGCCUGUACAGCCUGUUUUUCUACUGUAUAUUUAUAGUAACAUUAAAGGACCUAUGAUACAAUCCAAGUACGACCUAUUACGCUUUUAAAUAUGUUUCAUUUGUAUGUUGUAAGAAAAUGUUUAUGUUCCUGCAGUCUUCUUGAAGUUUACAGUAACUGGUUAGAUGUUUUUACAUGUUGGAGGUCACAGUACAGUUCCAAAGGACUGGUCAAUAAACAUUUUCUACAUAUAAACAACACUG